GCCGCCGCCGUCCGCCGUCACGGGCCGAGCUCGCUCGGAAUGCGCUGACCAGAGCCGAUAUUGAGGUGGUGCCGUGCCACCAUGACCGCCUCCUCGGCCGGCUGUCGCGCCAGCCUGCUCUGGAUCGCUCUGAUGGCCACACUGCCACCAGGGUCGAUUCAGGGGAAGAACGAGCGACAGAUCCUGGAUAAGGUGAUGAAGGACUACAACACCUUGGAGCGUCCGGUGGCCAACGAGUCGCACCCCAUUGUCGUCAAGUUCGGCCUCACGCUCCAGCAGAUCUUGGAUGUGGAUGAAAAGAACCAGCUUCUAAUAAGUAACACUUGGUUAAAUCUGGAAUGGGACGACUACAACCUCCAAUGGGACCCGGAGGAAUUUGGAGGAGUCAACAAUCUGCACAUCCAUCCCAAAUAUUUGUGGAAGCCGGACGUCCUCAUGUACAACAGUGCCGAUGACAAAUUCGACGGCACGUACCCCACAAACGUGGUGGUGCAGCACAACGGCAGCUGUCUGUACGUGCCGCCGGGCAUCUUCAAGUCCACCUGUAAGAUCGACAUCACCUGGUUCCCGUUCGACGAGCAGAAGUGUACCAUGAAGUUCGGCUCGUGGACCUACGAUGGGUGGCAG